CCUAACUACCCCCUCCCCCGCGAGCGUUGCCAGGGCAACGUGAGCACUGGUUUCCACCCGGCCCUUAUUCGAGACGUACCAGCUUUGAAUCCGCUCCCUAACUGUCGCCCUCCCCGCGCGUGUUGUCAGGGCAACGGAGUCCCUAGGCUUCACACUGAUGCUGUCAAGGCUCAGGCCCGCCGUCGGGAACCCCCUCCUGGCCUCCGAAAGAAGGAAGAAGAGAGGCAAGAGGAUCCCCCAGUUUGAGGAGCUCUUAAGCCUGAGGGACUUCACGGGGGCCAUUGCUCUCCUGGAGUUUAAGCGUCAUGUUGGGGAACAAGAGCAAGAUGCAGACCUCUGGAUUGGAUAUUGUGCUUUCCAUCUUGGUGAUUACAAAAGAGCACUUGAGGAAUAUGAGAAUUUGACCAAGCAAACUGGCUGUAAUCCAGAUGUCUGGGUGAAUCUAGCGUGCACUUACUUCUUUUUGGGAAUGUAUACACAAGCAGAACAAGCCGCCUUGAAAGCUCCCAAAAGUAGACUUCAGAAUCGCAUAUUGUUCCAUCUAGCGCACAAGUUUCGUGAUGAGAAGAAACUCAUGAGUUUCCACCAGAAUCUUCUGGACAUAACAGAAGAUCAGCUUAGCCUAGCAUCUGUACACUAUAUGCGCUGUCACUACCAAGAGGCUAUUGAUAUCUACAAGCGCAUAUUGCUUGAUAACAGGGACUAUCUGGCCCUCAAUGUGUAUGUGGCUUUGUGCUACUACAAAUUGGAUUACUAUGAUGUCUCACAGGAAGUACUAGCUGUUUACCUUCAACAGGUUCCUGAUAGUACAAUCGCUCUUAAUUUAAAGGCUUGCAAUCAUUUCCGACUCUACAAUGGGAAAGCUGCUGAGGCAGAACUUAACAAUCUGAUGGAGAAUGCCUCAACACCUUUUGAGUUUGCUAAAGAACUUCUUAAGCACAAUCUGGUGGUAUUUCGAGGAGGAGAAGAGGCUCUCCAGGUAUUUCCUCCACUGGUUGAUGUCAUUCCUGAGGCUAGAUUGAAUCUGACUAUUUACUACCUCCGGCAAGAUGAUUAUCAAGAAGCUUACAACCUGAUUAAGGACCUAGAACCCUCAGAAACACAGGAGUAUGUCCUCAAGGGUGUGGUAACUGCAGUCCUUGGGCAAGAAAUGUGUUCAAGAGAACACUUGAAAAUGGCUCAGCAGUAUUUUCAGCUGGUGGGUACAUCAGCCAGUGAAUGUGAUACAAUUCCGGGGCGACAGUGUAUGGCAUCUUGUUACUUUUUGCUCAGGCAGUUUGAUGAUGUAUUAACCUACCUCAACUCAGUGAAGAGUUACUUCUGCAACGAUGACACUUUUAAUUUUAAUUAUGCCCAAGCCAAAGCCGCUACUGGCAAUACUAGUGAAGCUGAGGAGGUGUUCCUCUUGAUUCAAAGUGAGAAAAUAAAGAAUGAUUUUGUUUACAUCAGCUGGCUAGCUCGUUGCUAUAUUAUUAAUAAGAAGCCACGACUAGCCUGGGAACUGUACUUGAAGAUGGAAACCUCAGGAGAGUCCUUUAGUCUUUUGCAGCUAAUAGCAAAUGACUGCUACAAAAUGGGACAGUUUUACUAUUCUGCAAAAGCCUUUGAGGUCCUGGAAAGACUGGAUCCUAAUCCUGAAUUUUGGGAAGGCAAAAGAGGUGCCUGUGUAGGCGUUUUCCAGAUGGUUGUAGCUGGCAGAGAGCCUAAAGAGACACUAAGAGAGGUGCUGCAUCUUCUGAGAAGUACCAGUAAUCCACAAGUGGAGUACAUUGUCCGUAUAAUAAAGAAGUGGGCCAAGGAAAACAGAGUUCCCGUUUAAAACACCAUCACACAGAAAAUGGAAGCAAGCAGCCCUCUUAACAGAGAAAUAUAAAAAUCCCAUAAUAUGUUUAGAUGACACCUAAUGAAAUCUGUCAUAUUUGUGAGGAGUAUCUUGCUGCAGCCUCCCAGGUUCAAUUUUAUUUUGUACUAUAAUUUAUAUAAUUGAAUUUCAGUCAAAAGAUUAUCUCAGUGUGAAUUCAGCCGUGUCUUUACUGAGCCCAUAGUCUGUACUGAUGGGCCCAACCUCAUUGUACCCAUUUUCAAAGCAGAGUAAAAAAUGAACUCAAGAAUUACAUGUCAUAUUUUACUAGACUCUUAAUGAUUACAAAUAUUUUUGAAGCAUAACAAAAAAACUGGAAGUAGCAACUGUAGGAAACCUAUGCCAUGACAUACUUUUAAUUACAAUUUCUAGCACACACUGGGGGAAAAUUUAAGGAAAAAACAUGCCAUUUCUCCUUCUUUGAGUCUGGCUGCAAGGCUUAAAUCUGAAAGAUGCCUGCCCUGUGUUGCAAAUGUUUGUGAAUAGUCUGAGCAGUAAGGAAAUCCCUUUCAGAAAAUAUAUUAAUACCAGUAGAUAAAAUUGUAAAGAAAUUUAUAACAUACAGUGAAAUACUGUAGGAUAUACAGUGCACACUUUUACUUGUAGAAUGUAUAGUGCACACUUUUUUAGAUAGAUAGCUCCGAGUUACUUUUAUGUUUUCAGAUGUUUUUUAAAGUGUCAUCACCUAAGCUUUAAUUUUGAGUAAAAUAUAAAGAAAUAA